AUGAGUAUAGAAACACCAGAUGAGCAAAAGGUAAAAGAUAUCUCUCAUAGCACAGAUAACAAAAUAGAAGACACUCAGAAAGAAGCUGAACAAGCGACUACUUUCUCAGAAGCAAAACUCACAACAAGAGAUGAGCUUACACUAGACGGCCCAUCUUUUAAAGAUAAUAACAAAGAGAAUAACCCUCAAGAAAAUACAUUGUCAGCAAUUCUGAUGGAAAAAGACUUUACAACUAAAGAACGAACAGAGGAGAAUUCUCCAAAAGCUCAAUUAGA